CGGUUGUGCAGCAGCCAUUUUGUCUGUUCGGGCAAGGCUACCCUGACGGCGGCGAACUGCAGUUCCACCCUUGGAAACAAUUCGAAAUGUUGUUGUGGCAUCUCGAAUAUACGCUAUAUCCCGUCUGAGCGGCGUCUAAAAUUUAUACCUCCUCUCUACUUGUCCGAAGAGGGCUCUCCUCUUCGAGACAAGCCCGUAACUCUGACAGAAAAAGCGCGGGUGAGCCGCGAUGUCGUGUGAGGAGAGCUACUUGGCGAUCAUUCGCUACCUGACUGAUGAACGGGAGCCGUACGCGCCGGGGACGCCCGGCAACACCAAGAGAAAAAUCCGCAAAGCGGCCACCUGCUACGUGGUGAGGAGCGGGACGUUGUUCUACCAGCGUCGCCUGAGGGGCCAGAACAAGUUCACGGAGCUGGAGGUGGUGCUGCAGGACGGCCGGAGGAAGGAACUUAUCAACGAGGCGCACAUCCUGGAAGGAGGGGACCACCUCAACCAGCAGCUCACCUGGGAGUACAUCUCUCAGAAGUACUGGUGGAGAGGUAUCCUGAAGCAUGUGAAAGACCACAUCAGAGAGUGUGCUCAGUGUCAGAGCCGGCGGACCGCCGACGACGGCUCGGGACCUCGCCUGUUUUCCCGGCCAGGGAGGCGGCGGGCUGCCGCCGGCGCCAAUGACGAAGAAGAGGAGGACGAAGAAGAGGAAGGGGGAGACGACGGCUUGCUCUUCCCUGACUCGUCUUCCCAUCCGAAAUCCAGGUUGGCCAAGUCGGCGGCCAAGCACGAACUGGUCUUCGUGGACAGCAAAGGUGAGGUGAAUCAGUUCCUGUCCAGACACAGCCAGACCAUGCUGGACAAACUCAACCAGCAGCGUCUCAGCAAUCACUUCUGUGACAUCACGCUGCUGAUCGAGGGAGAGGAGUACCGGGCGCACAAGGCGGUGUUGGCGGCGUGCAGCGAAUACUUCAACGAGCUCUUCUUCGAGAAAGGGGCCAUGUCCACGCACGAAGCCGUGGUCGACCUCUCCGGCUUCACCAAAGCCAGCUUCCUGCCAUUGCUGGACUUUGCGUACACCUCCACGCUCACGUUCAAUUUCGGCAUAAUGGCAGAAAUCGCCAACCUGGCCCGGCAUUUGCUUAUGACGGAGGUGCUGCAGAUAUGUGAGUCCGUGCACAAGCAGGUGGAGGAGCAGAGGCUGACGGUAUAUCAGAGAGGAGACGUGCACACCGUGGUGUCGAGCCAACCGGCUCCGCAGGAGGGCUUAAGUGACGAGUCCGGCGCCUACGUGGUGACCAUGCACAGUGACGGUGACGCCGUGGUCACCGACGUUGCUGACACUGUAACGGACAAGUCCUUGGCUUUUGUUGCACCGACCAAGGAGGCUUGCGUCCAACAGCCGACUGCCGUUGUUACUGAAGCUGUCGAGGGAGAAGCAGUGCACGAAGGGGAGCCUGGCGAGAGUGAAAUAGUGACUCUAUUGGCUCACAGUGGACAGGCGGAGCCAGGAGAAACUGUCACCCUGAUCUCACGCAGUGCAGAAGGAGAAGACGGGGAGACGAUGACGGUGGUCACCCACAGCGGACAGGCCGGAGCCAGCGAGUCCAUCGCCGUGGUGUCUGCCUGCCUGGCGAUGGAGCAGCCGCAGGCCGCCGAGGCGGAAGCCUUGGUCCCAAACGUGGACCCGGACAAAGUGAGCCCCUCCGAGGUCGUCCCACUGGCACCCGCUGCCGUCGCUGAAGCGGCAGUGUCGCCCCGGGAGACAGUGGAAUCGGCACCUGUGCCCCCGAAACGCAAACGAGGACGUCCGGCCAAAGUGAAAAAGGAGGUGGAGGUGGAGGAGCUCAUGCCACUGGAGGAAGAGGAUCCUUCCGCCGACGAAGGCCACGCAGACAAGCAGGAGAUGACGUCAGACGACCGGACCAAAAGAAGACUCCGGCAGCGCUCCAUGGCGGAGGGCGGUUAUGCUCGUCUGCAUAUGGGGCUGGAGGACGAAGAGGAGGCGAAGAAAAGUUUGACACCACCGCGUGCCACCACCCCUAAGGUGGGUCCAAGGCCUGGGAAGAGGGGAAGACCUCCAAAGCAUCCGGUGGAGAGUCAGGUUGAAGGAGCGCCCAUGUCCGAGCCUAGGGCAGAACCCGAGGCUGACGCGGUGGAGAGCGCGGAGAGCGCAGCGGCAACCGAAGAGGUCAGGACAGAGGAGACGGUGGCGGCGACGCCAGAGACUGGGAGCAGCCACGAACAGCCUCCGGCAGAGGGUGCUGCAGACGGAGAGCACAAGUGCUCCGAGUGCGGCAUGUCCUUCCAAAGGCGCUACGCUCUCAUCAUGCACGCGCUAAAACACGAGAAAGCUCGCGGAUACAAGUGCAGCCUUUGCAGCAAGGAGUUCCAGUACGCCGCCUCGCUCCGUGCCCACCUGGCCCGGCACAAGCAGCUGAGCAGCCAGCGGGCCCCCGUCGUGAAACCCUCGGUGGAGCCCAGCUCAGAGGGGAAGGCGGACAGCGACUUGGACGACAAUAACUCCUCAACGUACACCAAGAGGGAAUUUGUGUGCGACAUCUGCGGCAAGACCCUGCCGAAGCUGUACUCGCUGCGGAUCCACAUGCUGUCCCACACGGGCGUGCGCCCCCACUCCUGCAAGGUGUGUGGCAAGACGUUCGCCCACAAGCACAGCCUAAAGAUGCACCGGGCGCUGCACGACGUCACCAAGCAGUUCCAGUGCGAAUUCUGCAAGAAGUCCUUCGUGAGCAAGAGGAGCAUGGAGGAGCACACCAGCCUUCACACAGGUGAAUCGAAGUACCUGUGCAACACGUGCGGAGCCACUUUCCACCGAGCCUCGGCUCUGAGCAAACACAUGAAGAAGCACCAGCCCCGACCCGACGUCCGGCCGUUUGCCUGCUCUCACUGUGACAAGAGGUUCUACGAAGCCAAAGAUCUCCAGCAGCACAUGAACAAGCACAUGGGCCUGAAGCCCUUCCAGUGCCAGGUGUGCGGGAAGUGCUACAGCUGGAAGAAGGACUGGUACUCCCACGUCAAGUCCCACAGCGUGGCCGAGCCCUACAAGUGUGACGUGUGUGGGAAGGAGUUCUUCGAGAAGGCCCUGUUCAGGAGGCACGUCAAAAAGGCCACGCAUGGGAAGAAGGGCCGAGUGAAGCAGAACCUGGAGCGGGAGUGUGAGCAGUGCGGACGGAAGUUCACUCAGCUGCGGGAGUAUCGACGCCACAUCAACAACCACCAGGGAGUGAAGCCAUUCGAAUGUCUGACCUGUGGUGUCGCCUGGGCCGACGCCCGCUCCCUCAAGCGCCACGUCCGUACGCACACCGGGGAGCGGCCGUACGUGUGCCCCAUGUGCCAGGAGGCCCACAUCGACGCGCGCACUCUGCGCAAGCACAUGGCCAAGUACCACGGCGACAACCUGCCCGGCAAGAUCAUGCUGGAGAAGGACACGCUGCAGUUCCACAACCAGGGCACCCAGGUGGAGCACGCCGUCAGCAUCCUGGCGUCCGACCUGCCCCCCGAGCUUCGCCCCGCAGAGCAGCAGCAGCAGCUGCCCUCCGAGGAGAUUGAGACGGUGCUGAUCACGGAGGAGACCGUGGAGGCCGUGCAGGCCGUCCAGGACGUCCAGGACGAGAGCUCGUUGGCCACGCUGUCAGAUCAGGGCAUCAUGCAAGUGGUUAACUACGUCCUGGCCCAGCAGGGCCUCACGGGGGGCAAACUGGAGGAGGCCCCCGAGGUGAUUCAGACCAUGGAGGUGGAGGUGGCUCACGUGGCCGAGAUCGAGUGACCAGGGGUCGUCCCCGCUCAGACUUGAUCGCAGCGUUUGUCACAGGCUGUAUAAAAUGUGAACUGUGUAAAAAGAUGCUUAUUUUUCUGAAAGUGUACAUAAUGUGAGUCGACUGUUCUGCCCAGACAUGCGCGUUUGAGCUGCGUCAGUGCACACAUUCAAAUUCUGUGUUGUGUAAAUAUUUGCAUAUACAAAGUGAGUUGGUGAGCUGCAAGUCUACCAACGGUGACACUCAGCAGGAAUAAAGGUCAAGGUUCAACGUG